UGUCUGCCUGCUGCUGUUGUAUACGUGUAUGUAAAUCAAUUCGAAGUAUUCGUCGAUGAAAAGUUUUAGGUUAACUCGGCGAGUUAAAGUUGGCAGCAAUGCUAGCUAGCCGGUUCGAGAGUAGAGCCACCUGGCGACGGCUAGGGGUAAUCGAGGCUUCUUUCUUACCCCCACCAUACUCGACAGCUGCGUCAGGCGUGGUCGUCCGGCAGUCGCAGUGAGAUCCUAGUCGGAUGAAGGACUCUCGUACCGGUGUUCUCUUAGGGCGGAGUUUUUUUCCUUUCCUCGUGUAUCGUAUUCAAGUACUACUUACGUGCGUGGAUAAAAGAAAAGGACACUAUAUAUAUAUAUGUAUAUAUAUACAUAUAUAAUUACACUCCUUUGAUAAUAGAAACAGAAAACGCAACAUUGAUGACGAACGAUGAGCGAAAAAGUGAGAGUGAUGAUCUUAACCACGUUCGGCCGGCAACUCGGCUAUUGUGUGAAACAACAACGGCGACAAUACGAUCGUUCGUGAAGCUUAGCAAAGCUUUUUGAAGAGAAGGCAUAAGAGAGAGAGAGAGAGUAAGAGAGAGAUAGAGAUAAAGAUUGUGAGAGAAAGAAAAAGAGAGAGAGAGAGAGAGAGUGAGGGUGGUGUAGGAACGACGCGCGGCAGGAAUCCCCCCCCAUAAAGUCAGGCGUGCAUCUUCUUCCUUGAAAGAAUAAUCUUUCUUUAGGAAUUUUACUUGAUCCCAACGAAUCUUUUUAAUCUUUCCCUCGACGAGAAAGACAAUAUAUAUACACACACACACACAAAUUUAUAUACAUAAUUUACGUAAAUAUAUAAAAGUAAGGGACAUUUUGUGUGUUGUGUUGGUGUAAAGUAUUCGACGCUCCUACUCUGUCUUAUGUAUAUAUAUAUAUAAAUAUAUAUAUAUAUAUAUUUUUUUCUCCAACGUUCGACGGUCGAUCGUCUUCUUGUCUCUUUUCUAUCUAUCUAUCUAUCUCUCUCUGUGGUUGAUAUAUAUAUAUAUAUAUAUAUAUAUAUAAUAUAUAAUAUAUAUAUACGUACGUACAUAUAUAUUUCUUCUCUCUCGCUCUCCGUCUUUCUCUUCUCGCACACGACGGACUUUCGUCUUUCUGUGUGCGUGCAUACGCGCGCCCUUACGCAUCGGACCUCAACAUCGUUAGCGGAAAAUCGUCGUGGGAGAAAGAAAAGAAGGGACGAAAGGAGAGUAGAAGAAAGGAGGAGAAGAAGUGUACAAGUGGGGGAGGUGUUGUUCACAGUGAAGUAGAAGUAGAAGAAGAACGAACAGGACGAAGAAGAAGAAAAAAAAGAAGCAGAAGCAGAAGAAGAAGAAGAAGAAAAAGAAAAUAAAUAAAAGGAAAUAAAGAAAAAGAAAGAUGUCGACGGAAAAUCAACAAAACGGUUCAGCUGGUCCGACGCAAAGCAACGGUCUUAAAUCUGCAACCAUCAACGUGACCGGUAAUACCAGGACGAUACCGAACAACUCGUCGUUCCUUUAUAGCAGUAAUUCGAUGUUGAAUCGAGAUAAGCCACGGCAAGUACCGCCUCCGACUUUACCGAAAUACACGUCGAGUUUCAACGCGGGAUCGAACGGCAGUGGCGCCGCCGAGAGACUGAGCAGAGACAGAGAGGCUGGGGGUAGUUACAGGCUGGCAAGCCUCGAAAGACUCGCCCUCAGGCAGAGGAUACUCGAUGGAGAAAAAGCCAACGGUGAUGCCACAUCGUUCAACGGGUCAAUGGAGCAGUCAGAUAUACGCUCAUAUAAUACAAACUCUAAAAGCGACGAGACACGUCCUCGUCGUUCAACGGGCUCUUCUCGUCCUUGGCAUAUAUCUUAUUGGUCUCGAGCUUUUCGAAGGUUCCCAAGGAUUCAGAUACAGGCGAAGCGCGAGCUGUUCUUCAAAGGCGACAGCACGGGUAUAAUCUCAUCGCCUUCGGUGCCGUCAGUUCCACCACCUCAACCACCAGGCCAGGCGUCAUCAUCAUCAUCUUUGACGACUACGAGUGGCAAUACAACGACUAGCAUCAGUACGACGACAACUAACAACAGCAGUGGCACAACGAAUCUUGUUAAUUCAACUAGUACGAACGUCAACAGUAGCAAUAACAAUAAUAACAACAAUAACAACAGCAGUACAGCGGUCCAAUCGACAUCUUCCAUAUCCUCCUCAUCCUCGUCUUCUUUGAGCACGACGGCAAGCAUUUACACUGGUGGUGUUAACGCAAGUCAUGCGAGUCAUGCGACGAGCUCUUCUAUACCGCCAACGGCGAAGAUGCGUUUGCCUCUCUCAUCCUCCUCGACCUCCACCUCCACAUCGUCGUCGUCGUCCACGACAACCUCAGGCAACAAUCCCAAUCAUACCUCGGCAUCAGCCCUGAUACUCAAUCAGAACAAUGAUCCUUCCGAGGAUAGCAACAAAAGAGAAUCGGCAAGGAGCAACAACGAUUCUAAGGAUUCAUCAUCUAACGCCAUACAUCAUCGGCCGCUUCAACCGUUAACAAAGUCUAAGGAACUUGAUGGUUACGUUGGCUUCGCCAAUUUACCUAACCAGGUCUAUAGGAAGGCCGUUAAGAAGGGAUUUGACUUUACCAUUAUGGUUGUUGGUCGAUCCGGACUAGGAAAAUCAACUUUUAUAAACUCCAUGUUUUUGGCCGACAUAUACAGCGCAGAAUAUCCAGGACCUAGCCUCAGGGUAAAGAAAACAGUAGCUGUGGAAACGACCAAAGUGUUGCUGAAAGAAAAUGGGGUAAAUCUUACAUUGACAGUGGUCGAUACGCCUGGAUUUGGCGAUGCGAUCGACAAUAGUAAUUGUUGGGUUCCAGUUAUAGAAUACAUUGAGUCGAAAUACGAGGAGUUCCUGAAUGCCGAGUCUCGCGUAACGAGACGGCAAAUACCCGACAGUCGAGUACACUGUUGUCUUUAUUUCAUCGCGCCCUCGGGUCACGACCUGACGCCGCUCGAUGUUGAGUUCAUGCAGCGCCUUCACGACAAAGUCAAUAUAAUACCUGUUAUUGCGAAGGCCGAUACGAUGACUCCUGACGAGCGUGCUUAUUUUAAAAAAAAAAUAUUAAAUGAAAUUGCGCAACACAAAAUCAAAAUCUAUGAAUUCCCAGAAGAGGAAUACGAAGAGGAUAGUAAGUUCGAUAAAGUUUUAAGGGAUAGAGUCCCAUUUGCUGUUGUUGGGGCGAAUACUGUAGUCGAACACGAUGGAAAGAAAGUACGUGGAAGAAAUUAUCCAUGGGGUAUUGCUGAAGUUGAGAAUCUAGACCAUUGCGACUUCAUAGCUCUACGAGAUAUGAUUAUUCGAACGCAUCUGCAAGAUUUACAAGAUGUUACGAAUAAUAUACAUUAUGAGAACUUCCGGUGUCGGACUUUGGCCGGUCUUGGUGUAGAUGGAAAACCGACUAAAAUUUCCAAUAAUUUGUGCCCACCAGGAGUGAUGAACAGUUUCAUGACAGUGUGGAAUCCUUUGGCUCAAUUGGAGGAAGAGAAAAGAGAACACGAUAAUAAAAUGAAGAAGAUGGAAAUUGAAAUGGAACAAGUAUUCGAAAUGAAAGUUCGUGAAAAGAAACAGAAACUUAAAGAUUCAGAGGCUGAUUUACAGAAACGGCAUGAACAAAUGCGGCGCUCUUUAGAACAACAAGUUCGCGAAUUAGAAGAGAAAAGACGUGCAUUUGAAGCAGAAAAAUUAGCAUGGGAACAACAGACCGGUCACAGUAUUGAAGAAUUACGUAGGCGCAGUUUAGAAGCCAACUCAAAAGAGACGGGAUCGGUGUCGUCCGAGGGAUCUGGAGGUGGAGGGGGUACGUUGAGGGGUUCCCGAGGGAUAGGAAGUCUUCUUCGCCGUCAUACCAGUUUCAAAUCACCUCAAGAGAGCCCCACACAGAUACAGCUUGUCAUACAGCAUCCUGAUUAAACAAAAAAAAAGACAAAAGAAAUAACACAAAAAAAAUAUAUCAAUUAGUCAGAUAUCCAUCCCUAAUGAUGCGAAUGAACUAAGUUAAAUUAAAUCAAAUUAUGAAUAUCUUUUAUGUCAUUCAUUUUAGUUUUACAUACCUGACACGUAUCAUUUAACACAUUCACUAUGACAAAGUUGAAUAUAUAUAUUUAACUGAGAGACACAAUUAUAUCAAACACAAUUUAAGAGUCAGAUGUAUGUGCCAGAUUAUAUCUUAUAUCAUUUUAUUUUAUUUUUUUUUUUUUUUUUUUUUGUACCAUUUCAUAUGUUAACAUAAAAUUAUAUAUCACAAACUCUUUUUUCGUUUGAAAUAAUAGUUAGAAUUGCCUUAAAAUGAAUAUUGUUAUAAAAAUUUUAUUAACUCAACUACUAUUCAAUUAACAUAACUUACUGAGAAAUAGACUGAUAAAUAACUGAACGUUAUUUAGUGCUCAUUUUAGUUUUAGUUGCAAGAGAGGACAUAGCUGCAUAAUCUCAUUGUACUGCGUUAAAUGUUACAUGGUUGCUAUAUAUCAUGCAUACAUAUAAAAAUGUUAUUCUCACAUUGCAAAAGAAGUUAUCGUCGUGUUUGAAAAAGAUUAUUAUACGAAGAAAAUUUCAUUGAUAACACUUAAAUUAAUUUAAUUGUAUGAAUUAUCAUAUUUAGAUGUAAGAAUAUAACUGUGUAUUUUUGGCACAAUAUUUGAUAUCCAAGAAAUGUAUAAGAGAGCUUUGUACUUCCAGUUUCUACUUAAUAUCCAUUUUCUACUUAAAAACAAGAAAAAAAAAAAAGAAGAAACAGACACAUUUUUUGUUCGUAGAUAAUUAAUUUUUCAUAUAAUUCAUAAAAUAACAAAGAGUUGUAAACUCUGAGCAAGCUGUCCUUUCGUGCAUCAGGAAGUAUUUUUUCAUUGGAUAUUACUUCAAAAUUUUUUUUAAAUGCUUAUUAUAUUGUAAAGCAAUUUUUUAUUGUCUGAGAGACAGCUUGGCAGAGGUGAAUACACACUACAAAUAAUUAAUCAAAAAAUGAUAAAAUACAUUGUUAAUUUCAUCGUUAAAACUUGUUUCGCAAAUAAAAAGUAAUGCUUUCUUAA